CCUGGACCUGUAGUAGGCGGAGAGCGACGCCUACACUCUGCUGCCGGUAUCGCCGGCCCCUGAUGCUGCAGGUAGCGCUUGAGAAGUGACCUUACAGCGACAGGCAGAUUGCAACCAUCAAGAGGGCACCUAGGAUGCAGAAAAAAGCACAUGGACGUCACAUGUUUAAGGAGCCCCUGUGAUAUACAGAAAAAUGGCUGUAGUGAGGACUGGACUCGGCACGGAAAAGAGUUCCCGUCUUAGGAGGAGAAAUGUGUUGUUGUUGAAGUGCCUUGGUUUCAUUUUUGUCGUUAUUUUUUUCUGUGAGUUCUUGCUGUACUACCUUGUUAUAAUCCAGUGCCACUGGCCACAUCUGGAGACUACUCCCAGUCCGCACCCAACAUCUCCACUGAAGGCUAUGUUCUUAUCAGACACUCAUCUGCUUGGGGAAAUCACUGGUCACUGGUUUGAUAAAUUAAGAAGGGAAUGGCAGAUGGAGCGGGCCUACCAGAGUGCCAUUUGGUUACUGCAGCCGGACAUUGUUUUUAUCCUUGGGGAUCUGUUUGAUGAAGGAAAAUGGAGUAACUCUAAGGCAUGGGAGGAUGAUCUCACCCGAUUUCAGUCUAUGUUCAGACACCCUCCUCAUACAGAGCUGCUAGUUGUUGUUGGAAAUCAUGAUAUUGGAUUUCAUUACCAAAUGACUGAACACAAACUUAAUAGAUUUGAGAAAGCUUUUAAUCUCACUUCUGGCAAAGUAGUUUCUCGUAAAGGAAUUAAUUUUGUGCUGGUAAAUAGCGUAGCUCUUGAGGGCGAUGACUGUGUAAUCUGUAAAGCAGCCGAAGAUCAAAUCCUUGGGGUUUCUCGUCAGCUCAAUUGCUCCCGAAUGAAAAAUCAUCCAGACUUUAUGAAAAAAUGCAGAAGUGUCCACCUGCUGCCUCCAUCCACUCCAAUCCUAUUGCAGCAUUAUCCUUUGUAUCGUAAGAGUGAUGCUGAAUGUACCGGAGAAGAUUCUGCUCCUCCAGAGGAAAAGAAAGUUUUGUUUAAGGAGCAGUAUGAUGUUCUUUCCCAGGACGCUUCUGAAAAGCUACUGAAGCUGAUUCAGCCUAGGCUCAUCUUAAGUGGCCACACACACAGUGCUUGCAGAGUGCUCCAUGGUAAUGUACCAGAGAUCAGUGUCCCAUCAUUCAGCUGGAGGAACAGAAACAACCCAAGUUUCAUCAUGGGACUGAUAACAGCUGAAGACUUCUCCCUUGAAAAAUGCUUUCUUCCUACAGAGAACACGGUCAUCUACAUCUACUGUGUAGCGGGAGUGCUGCUCUGUUUCUGUGCAGCAAUUUAUUUGUUGCCCCUGAACGUUUUUAAAUCGUUUUAUACCACAAAACAAAAGCCAAUAUAAUGGAGCAGCCUGAGUUCAUCAUGUGCCCGCUCAAGUCCUUUUCUCUACAAUAGACCAGUAAUUUUACAAAUAUAUAUUUAUUAAAUUAUGUACCUGUACAAUAUGUGACUGUUACCUAUAAAUUAAGAAAAAGAGAAUCCUUCAUUGAUGUAAUAGCCAUAUCACCUGCAGCACAGCCGGUAUCUGCCAAGUGUAGUUGGACUUUCAGAUCAUCGGAUGGACACCAUUUCCUUCUUCAUUGCUGAAGCCAGAUCUAUGUUCACUGUCAGAGGUCCAUUUUGGUCAAAUAAAUGUGGUUGUUGAUAUUUGUGCAUGUUCAAUUUAGUUAAAACUUCCGCCUGAAACACCAGGCAACUUCACAAAAAAUAAAUAAAAAAUCCUCCUAAAAUGUUACUUGUGUUGGUAAUAAGCAGUCCUAACUUUGUAGUGUUUGGGGGGAACAUAUUGAUUUAGGGAUCUAAAUUAUUAUGAUCACGCUCACAAACAUGAUCCAUUGGGUGUAAAUUAUAAAAGUGAUCUGUCAAAGAGAUCAUGAGACCAGAAGCCUCCUCUCAACGAUUAUCGCUCUCUUGGAUGCUAUGUGAUCUUGAUUAUUUUCGAGCAAACUUUCUUUAAUGUCCACUGCCUGUAAAAUACCAUGUGACACCUCCCGAUACAUAAGCGAAUAAGAAGAUGGCAACUGGAGGACUGAUGUUAAUCAACAAAUCUGAAGUGAUGUAGCCUAGAAAGACUUUUAACUGCUGUUAUUGGAACAGUAACUUUAGACAAGGUACAUGUUAUCUGACAAAGAUAAUCUAGACUCACAUACAGAAAACACCUAGGUAUAAAAUAUAAAGCAGUGUAGUAGUUACUAAAAAGGACAUGCCUUAUUGCUACAGCAUUUCUUGCUAUAUAUAUAUAUAUAUAUAUAUAUAUAUAUAUUUAUAUAUAACUGUACCACAACUUUUUUUUUUGAGAACAUUUGCAUAAAUUAUUCAAGUUUGAGAAAUAUAUUCACACAUAUCAAUUCUAUAAUAUUUAAAAUAAACCAGCUUUCUAAUGUGUCUCUUUAUUAAAAGAGAAAUUAAAAUGUCAUCUUGUAAUUUAUCAGGCUAGACAAAGAUUUCAUUCUUUUUGUUUCCCCUCCUUGUUGUCAUCAUCAUGUUUACUGCCUGGCACACAAUGACCGCCGCUGCUGUUGUGAUAAAGGUAGGAAAGCUUUAUCCAGUGCAGCCAUUGUAUCUCCUCCUUGAAACAUUCACAGUAUCCUUGUGGCAAUUGUGUGAAUGAUAGAAUUAUGUUGCAAAAAAAAUAAAAAAAAUAAAAAAUGAUCAAAAGGUUUUCUAAAAGAAAUCUUUAAAGUUUUAAACAAAUCCUUGGUUCCCACUGAAACACAGCUAGGCUGCAAUUAUGAACAGAGAAAUGGAAUUCCAAUAUUCUUUUUUUUUUUUUUUUUUUUUUUAAAGCUGAGACUCUCCACUUCCUCCAGCGCCUGCACAUAAAAACAGAAGGGAAAAAAGGCGAGUUUGCUGCAACAACUGGUCAUUGUAGGACCUUAUUUGUAAAGGUAAGUGGUUAAUUUGCAUAAUUUAUAUAUAUAUUUUUUUUUAGUUUUCUUUUUUUUUUUGUACUAAAGAGCAUUUCCUUCUUUUUAUAUAAACCAGAAAAAAAAACUAAAUUCUACAGAUAGUUCCUACCCGCAGUCACAGCUGCAGGCAAGUUUUGACAUCAAGCUGUACAGCGCAAUCAAAAACAUACUUACAUCUUAGCUCAUUUUACAGGUACAGCCAUAAUCAAGGCACAAAGAUCUUCUACAAGUAUUAUUUUUUUCAAUAAAGUUGUACAAAAUAAUAUUACAUUUUACAUCUGUACAUUAUAAUAAACCAGCAGUUAAACAAAAUCAAAAAAAAAAAAAAAAAAAAAUCUAUAUAGAGGACUAAAGCCCAGCAAUGAUCUAAGGCUAAAAAGAUCAUCUGUGGACAGAACGUAUAAUAUCAGUGAAGGUGGUAAUUUUUUUUUUUUUAUUCUUUUUUUUGUAUAUCUAUAUUUUUUUCUUCUCUGCCUUGACGUGAGAGGCUGAAAGCAGCUGCAGUUUGAAUGCCUGAGGUGUGCAGAAACACUUAGCCACAAUACACCAUAAAAAAUAAAAGGUAAAAAAUUGCUUGACUUUGCCUCUUCAUUACCUAGUCUAUGUACUGUCCCAGAAACAUUCUUUUAACUCCUCAGUGUCACAAAAAGGCCUGCAGCCCACUGCUCUGCAAUGUCCUAGAAGCCCCCUUCAUCUGAAGGCGCAAUGAGCAGAGGUCACUUUAUCAGUUGACCUGCAACUCAACAAAUGCUAAAACUUGUGACAUUAAUAAAUAUUUCUGGUGCUGCUACAUUGUGUGUGUAGUUCCUCAACAUUUUUUUAGUUUUUUUUUGUUUUUGUUUUUUUUACC